GUCGGGAGCAAGGACGGUGCUGGGAGGAGGGGUGCCCGGGAAUUCUUGGCUUUUGAAACCGUGGCCAUUAGAUGUCACACUUACCAGCGUCUAAGGCGGGGGCUUCCUCGUCGCCCUUCCCGGCUCUGCACUCAAGACCCAUCUUCUCCCCACAUCUGUGGGGAUUCCUCAUCGAGGUCACGUCUGCAGGGAAAAUUUGUGUCAGCUGCGACCUUCCAAGGGGCAAAUCAAUCCCAUUAACGCCAGCUCCCGAGAGAGCCUGACGCCACGGGGAUAAAAGAAGAAGCGGGAGCUGACGGUGGUGGCAUUUUUGGUCUUUUCCUCCUCUGAGGAGGUGGCAUAGCUGACAUGUGGAUCCAGAGUCUAUAACGGGGGCAUUUCUUUCCGAGACCAUGAGCUCAAGCGUGGAAGGGGCCCCAAACUGAGCUGAGCGGGGAUCGAAGAUUCAUAGUUGCCGUGAACCCAGAUUCCUUGAGUCCUCUGAGUGCAAGCCCAUGGCUCAGAAGAGCCCCACGGUCAAUGGCAAUAACCUGCCCUACGGAGACCUGGCCUCCGAGGUGACCAGGCGCAGAGUCACCAUGGCCACCAGAGAAGAGAGAUUUACCAAGAAAACUGAUGAAGCCAGGGAGAUGCCCUCCACUCUGGAUUUGGAGCAAGUCCCUGCUAGCGUGGCCGGCCCUGCAGAACCCCCUGCCCCUCCUCCUUCACCCGUGGAGGACUACAGAGUCUAAGGGGGCUUUUACAGCACUCCGGCGAAGUU